GAAAGUAAUCAGUGUAAUGUACAGUGGCAUAGCAUGCACCGCACCGCGCGCGCUUCUUCAUAACUAUUUACAAUAAACAAAACUUUGACCUCGACAUUUUUAGGCCUCGAGUAGACAGAAGACUCAAAUCAUGGCGGCAGACAGAAAAUAUGAAUAUGACAUCGUUCAAGAUGUUGAGCUUCAAGAAAUCGAGAUGGCCAUGAACGGGUCGUCAGACAAGAAUGGGAUGAAGGUGGAUAAAACAGCCGCCUCGCUCGAUGACGCUAUGCUGUUAUCGGGUUUCGGCAUAUACAACAUAUCACAUAUGUUGAUGUCUGGCGUGAUUCUCCUGGGCAUGAUCAUGCAGAGUCUGGCGUUAGGCUACAUCCUGCCCGCUGCGCAGUGUGACCUGGACCUGACGCUGCAGCAGCGAGGGUGGCUGUCUGCUAUACCUUUCUUAGCUAUAAUCCUGACGUCGUACUUCUGGGGCUGGUUAGCAGACACGCAAGGCAGACGGCCAGUCAUGUUGUUCUCCAUGAUGAUAUCUGCCGUAUUCUCCGCAUUCGCCAGCUUCGCGCCUGACGUCAUCUCCUUCGGAGUCUUGGUCUUUUUGUCCGCAAUAUUUAUGUCAGGAUCAUCAGCCGUAGUGUACACGUACCUAGGCGAGUUUAACAACCUGCGCCAUAGAGACAAGAUGGUCGCCUUCGGAUCCUCAUUCGUCGGGAUUGGCACCGUCAUCUUGCCAUGUGUAUCUUGGCUAAUUCUCCCACUGGAGUUUGCCUACCCAAUCUCCAUCCUGGGCAUCGAAUACCGUCCCUGGCGACUCCUAGUUGUGGCCUGUGCGAUUCCCUUCGCUUUGGGUUCCGUACUCCUGGCCUUUGCACCUGAGAGUCCCAAGUUCUUGUUCGCAACUGGCAACUAUGAUGCUGCCUUGGAUGUGGUGAAGAGGAUCUACCAUAGAAACACCAAGAAAGACGUCGACACUUUUCCUAUAAAGUCCCUGAUAGUGGACCAACAUACAGUUAAGACCUCAAACGUGCGAGGUCUGGCCGCCAUCUGGAGCUCAAUGAAGGAGCAGACAGUUCCUCUGUUCCAGCGCCCUCUACUCGCCUGGACUGCACUCACCUGCUUCGUGCAGUUUGGGAUCUUUGCCACAACCAAUGGCUUCUACGUGUGGUUCCCUUCGAUCCUGAACUCUCUGGCGCAUCAUGAGGGAGGGGAGUCCAGGAUCUGUGAUGUACUGGACGCUGGACGAGAUGCCGUCUCCAAUGGAACUAUGAUCUGCGACGACACAAUCCACACAUCGACAUUCGAGCGCUCGAUCUACAUCGGCCUGGUCUUCUCCUCCAUGUACAUCAUCGUGGGCUUCCUCGUGGACUACGUGGGCAAGAAGCCCAUCUUGGUGGUGAUCCUGGGCAUCACUGGGGUCUGUGGGAUCUGUGCCCACCUGGCCUAUAACCAGCAACUGGCCGUAGUUCUGUUCGCCGUGUUCCAAAUGUCGGGCGCCUGUAUCGGACUCAUGAAUGCUGUCGCCGUUGAACUGUUCCCUACUAAGUAUCGAGCAAUGGCGAUCUGUCUAUCAAUGAUGAUGGGUCGAGUGGGCUCCAUGGUGGGAUCCAACCUCAUCGGGCUGUUCCUAGAGGUCAACUGCGGAGCAGGGUUCUAUCUGUUUGGCUCCAUUAUUAUAGUAAACUCCCUCUUCUGCUUGACGCUACCAAACAAGAAGAGGAUACCGCACAAGAAGAUCGUAGUAGAAUCCACACAGAACGAGACCCACGAACCAGUAUGAAGCGGUUACAACCAGAUACACACUGGACAGAACUAGUCAAUUCUGUUUACGAAGAGAGCUUAAAGGAUGUGUGAACAAAAUACUCUUCAUAAUUUCCCUGUAAAUUAACAUUGAGUAUCUACUAAUUAUUUUUUAUAUAAAUAACACAAUUUAUUUACCAAAAAAGUUGGUAAAAAAUCUAUAAAUAGUAAUGGAUUGAAGUUAGCAAGAAUUGCUUGGGGUCCGUUAAAAAUUGUAUUUAAAAAAGUAUCUUAAGUUGGACGCGAGGCCCUUCAUAAACAGGUUCCGUUUGCUCGGAGUAAUUAUCCAUGGGACCCGAUAUCUUCCCGGCCCCAUAUAUGGGGCGCGGGCCCCCUUAUCGUCGACCCCAAUAUAUGCACGGGCCCCCCUUAUCCGCGGGCCCCAAAGUAAUUACUGCUCUGACUGCGUGCUUAAUCCGGCACUGAAAUUAUGUGAUUUUAAUUCCAAUUAUAUUAAUACGAUGUGAAUUAAAUUGAAACUUCAUUCCAAAAGUAGUUUUAUACUAAUCAACUAUGUAUUUGCUGAAAAAAUGAGUUGGCGACGACGGAUAUAUCGUAGAAUUCGUAGUCAGGUUACUUCAUAAACCAUUCAAUUGACGGCCUAGCCUGCUUAAUUUUUUUUUAUUACUUAAACGUUUCCCAACAUUAGGAUUUUCUCCUGUAUCGUGUGUGCGUUUACAAACAU